AUGUCAAUGGUUGAGUCCACGAUCCAACGGAAAAUAGGCGCGGAUUCAUGGAUAAUGCUCCUUCGGGUGCAGCAUCAAUCUGCUUGCAUAACGAUGCAAUGCAAAGAAAGCAGCCCCAUCAGGCUCCAAGCCACCGGUGUCGCUAUUAGCCACUCCAGAAACAUGGAUUCUUCAGUCGAUCCUUGCUUGGGCACUCUAAUAUUCAGGCAGAAACAUUGGGAUCGACAUACAAGGGGCAGAACGAUUAUGCCGGGGGUGGCUCAUCUGAAUGCACAAUCGAGUGGGCCGAUUAAAGCGACCCCGAAAUUAGGGCGUCGUCACGCUCUCGUAUUUGGUCCAACAGCAGAAAACAUCGCCAGCACCUGUUCAUCGAAGGCACUCGGUAUCACGCGCCACAACGCCCUGCAAACCAGAGCGCCUCCACCAAUGAGUCUCCCAGAUGUAGGAGAUGACCCAAAGCAGUAUUCCGACUGCUGUCUCAGCAUCUCGGCGACAAUCCUUGAGGCUUUGACGCAAACAUUGAAGGAUGCCACCGGGGCCGGACUCGGACUCGUUCUCUCGGUUGGGAGCGGCAGCGGGCUCCUCGAAGCGCUUUUGCUGUCAAAAUGGCAGGCCUCGGGCGACUGCAAGCUAUCCAUCCAGGGGGUUGAGGUCGGAACAGGAGUGAACAAGUAUCUGCCUGAAGAUUGUUACAGUACGGUCAAAGGCACAUGGCAGCUAUCAUCACAUGCGACCGACGCAACAGCGCUGAUGUUCGUCUAUCCACGCAGCCCCGAGUUGGUGUCCAGAUACCUGCAAUCAUCUGCAAUGCCAGGUAGCCAUGUACAGGCCGCACUCUGGCUAUCGCACAAGUCAGACUGGGCCAGCUUCAAACAAUGCUUCGAAAGAGUGCCAGGCUUCCGUGCUGUCGAGCUUGUGGAGGAGAGUGGACUGCUGGAAUAUGAGAUGCUAGCGGUGAUCCGUAGAGCAGAAAUGUGA